GGGUCCUGCGUCCUGGGGGCCGGGGUGUCCCACAGCUCUCACGGGGCUCUCACAAGCCGGCUGGAAAGGGCUGUGUUGUAAACGGGCCCUUUCCCUGGAAUCGGCCGCCUUUAGGAGGCCUCUGUUCCUUCCCACGGCAUCCCCUGGUGCUGCCAGGCUGGCAGAUCAUGUCCUGGGCUCUGAGGUCCAUCCCUUGCUGGGGGUGACAUGGCCACAGCCUUGGUCCUGGGCCCGUCCCACGUCCCCAUAUCUGCUCCAGCUCUGCUCCGGCAGCACAGUAAGGCUGCCCGUCCUAAAUUGGGGCGCUGCAGCUGCGCAGCCGGGGCAAUGUUUGUCUGGGCUGUUUGUGCACACCUGCGUGUGUCACCCCUGGGUGAGGAGCAUGCCGAGAGGCUGUGGGCUGGCUGGCCCGGAGCCUCACACCUCCUUCCCUUGCCUUCCAGAGGUUGUGGCCAUCUGGGAUGCUGUGUCUGCGUACAUCCUGGGACAGCUGAAGCUGGACAAGGUGGGCUGGCGCCUUGGUCCCCUUUACCCUGCAGAGCCUUUGAGGAGGGCAAGAGAAGAAAUGGAGAAUACGAGCCUUUUCCCAAGCUUUGCCUUUGCCCAUCUCUGCGGUACUCAGUCAUCAGCCUUUCUGUCUUGUUCCUGGACAGGGUGUCCUGCUCCCAGGACUCGGCACCUUCGCCAUGGUCCAUGAGCAAUUCCACGGUGAAGACGAGGUGUAUGUGGUUCGCAGACCCAUCUUCCGUCUGGAGAUGGAUAACUCACUGCUGCAGGAGCUCGUGUUCCCCACAGUGGUUAUCCCUGGCAAUGUCCAGAUCAGUCCGCUCAACUACAAGUGGCUGUCGCGAGCCACCUCCUUCCCACCACACGUGCUGGAGGACUGUGUGCAAGAGACCAUCCUCUUGUACAGCUUCCAGCUGCGGAACAGGCAGCGCCUCGCCUUCUCCUUCAAGGACAUCGGCGUUCUGUCCUGCAAAGACGACGUCCUGUGCAUGCGCUUUUAUUACGACUGCGUCACAGGGCUGGAGAGCAAGGCCAGCCGCAUUGCACUGCUGCACACUAGGCUCUGGAUGCCGGCUGCAGCUGUUUGCACGGGAGCGACCACUGCCCAGGGGAUGCAGGCUGCUCCUGCCCACGCGUUUCCCAGGUUUCAGCUCACGGUGCUCAGCAGAAGAGCGGUGUCCAGGGCUUUCUCCACCUGGCACAGCAAGGCUGCAGAAAAGCAGGCGAUGGGAGGAGGUGCAGAGGGCUGUCCUGGCAAGCUGCUGCAGAGCCGGGCAAAGCGUUCCCUGCCCGUGCUGCCAAACCAGGGGCCAGGAGCUGGGCAGCAGGACACAGGGAAGAAGCCUUCUGCCCGUGUGCUCCCGCCACGUCCAGGCAGUUCCAGCAGGACGAAGGAGGCAGGCAGGCAGGAGCCAGCUCCUCCAGCCAGGCCUGCCGCUGCACUCCCAUCCUCUGAAGCCUGCAAGAGAGCGCUGCAGGAGGUGCGGCAGCUGUCUGCAGAGUGGGAGCGAGGGAAGACGCGGUGCCAAGAGCAGCUGCAGCAAGCCAAGGCGGAAUGGGCGGCGUGGGAAGCCUGGUCUGCAGGGGAGGAGCAACAGCUGCCCCAGGCGCUCGGCACUGGAGGCCCUUGGACUCCCCACCCUCCAGCCCAGCCCAGGAGGAAGGAGCCCAGCAAGAGGUGGAGAAAGGUGGGGAAGCCUCUGCCAGCAGAGGACGUGGCAGCAGCAGCCCAGCUGGAGAGACUCCAGCCUGACCACCCUUCCCCACGAGCCGUCCAGGUCCUCAAAGCGCUGGAGCCGCAUCGGGCACGGAGCUUCACAUUCCAGCAGGUCGCUGAGAACAACAGGCGGCGCCAAGAGCAGCAGAGGCAGCUCCCCUGCACUCGAUGCUGGUACCGCAGCAGAGGGGAAGGUGCCGGGAGCAGCAGCGGCAGCAGUGGCCGUGAGCAAAGGGGCUGGGAGGCUCCUGAGCUGCCAAGAUCCACCUGAGAACAGAAAAUAAAGAGCUCUGGGCUCUUCCCAGAUGGACCGACUGGUCUGUGCCUGCUGAUGGAUCCGUCUCAAGGGAUUACACACACCCCAUGGGGGAUCCCAGGAGUGCCUGUCGGGGCGGGAGGGAGCACAGUCCCAGGGCUGGGACAGGAGCGGCUGGUGGGAGACCAACGUGGUGCCGUGACAGCGGGUAUCUGCUAGAGGCUCCUGUGCAGAAGGAAGAUGGAGACGGGGCCUUCUGCAGACAAGCGGAAGAAGCCUCUCGUUCAUCCGCCCCGGUUCUCCUGGAGGGCCUGAGCCAGCCUGGUACCCGCUGGAAGAACAAUCCCGCGGGGCUCAAGCCAUCUGGGACAGUUCUAGAGGGCAUUUCCUGGCAUGGGUGAUGGAGGAACCACGAAGGAGAGCUGCUCUGCUGGAAACCAAGGAAGACCUGGUUAAGGAUGAGGCUUCCAGGAGAGCAGACUUCCACCCUGCCAGGAAACCCAGUUCUGCUCCCUGUCCUGGCCAGGCCCGGCCUUGGGAAGCAGCCGAUUGCAGCCAGGAAACGCAGCCAAGCGGGGGACGAGUGUGGCGGAGAGGCACGGCCCUACCUCUGGCUGGGGUCGGGGACAGCCUGCCCAAAACAGACAUGGGACUGCCUCCCCGCAGCCUUCCCUCGCCCGUCCAGCACAGCGUGUCCUGACAGCACUGCCCAUCCGCACAGAAGCACGGGAACAUGAAACUGCUGCCUGCUGUUGGCUGCAGGAGGGUCAUAUCUCAGCAGCCGCAGGGCCAGCUCGGGUCCAGUUCUUCACCCACUGGUGCACCCCAGCACUGGGGCAGGAGGGAAGGAGAGUUCCAGCCCCCGUGGGGAGCGUGACCAGGCUCGGUCCUUCCUUCUGGGCACAGGACGAUGCCCGGGCCCACGCCAGGACAGGGCGUCUCUCCUCUUCAGCCCAGGGGACGGCAAAGCCGCACGAAGCCCCGGCUGCCGGGCUCAGCACAGGCAGUGUGACCGGGUGCACGGCCCUGUCUCCUGCAGGUGCCGUUGUGCCCACACCAGCGCCUUUCACCACGCAGCUCCUGCUGCCCAGGGCUGCAGCUGCAGCACAGACACGUCUGCCCUGCGGGGCUGGGGGAGCGCAGCAGGACGAGCCCGGUGCCACCACGGGCCCUUUCCUGGAUGGGCUGUCUCCUCCAGGAGAAGGCCUGGACACAAGCUUCUGGCACUUGGCUUAAUCCUCUGGAGACGCCUGAGCUCAGCCCCGCAGCUCCAGCACCACAAGAGGCAGCUCCAGGCCCUGUGGCAGCACAGGGGCAGCGGGCGCAGGGCGGCUCUGUGAGGAGAGCCCGGGGCUGCCCCGCCCGCCCAGCCAGAGCUCGCCUGCUCCCGCCCGCCCGGCAACAGCAGCGCCAUUGGCCACGGCUGGGCCAAUCAGGGCCGCCAGAGGGGGCCUGCCAGUGCCAGCCAGCCGGGCCCAGGGCCCUGGGGAGAAAGAAGGGAGAGGUGGGGUGUGGGCAGCCGGGUGAGGGGCUGGGGCUCUGCGGGGCAGGUGUCCUCCGGCACGGCGCGGCCUGGGGGAGCCGGGACACCCCAGCGCCCACAGGCCCCGCCAGGGCCCAGUUCGCCAGCCCUGGGCCUGAGUGCUCAGCCCAGGGACAGCCCUGCAACCAGGGUCAGUGCGGUUCUGCUGCUGCCCGAGAGUCGCCAGCCCCGGUCAGCCCUGAGCCCCAGUGCAGGCGUCUGGGCUGGGAUGAGGUGUGAAAUAAACAACUCAAGCUACUCCCGCCAUGGAUAGCAGCACUCAAUGCAAUUUAUUAUAAUGUGUUCGAUAAAGCAUUAGCAAAACAGCGCUGGGUGCGCGGGGACUCUGCGCUCCGCCAACACGCACACCAAGAUCUCCAAACUGGCCCUUUUUACUGUCCUUGAUUCCUGCAUUUCAGUUAUUUUCAGCCUAUUUUUGUUUCUUUGGUAUUGCUGCUUCUUUCCGUUGUGUUCUUCAGGAGGCCUUCUUGCGGUUGGUCCUUCUGGAGGAAGUUCCUCUUUUUCCUCCGUGUCUUCUUCUUACCUUGUUACCUUCUAGUUUCACAAUUAGUCUGACAGUUGGUUUAAAGCGAGCCAGGUUUACAAUUAGCCACACCGUUUGCUCAAAGCUUAGCCGUU